AAAUAUUUUUUUUCCUUAUUUAGUUGCUUGAGUUUACUACCUGAACUAUUUCCAGUUUUUUUUUUUUUUUUUUUUAAAAUUUUAUAGCUGAUUGUUGAGUUUAUUAGUAGUCAUAUUUUGAUUUUGGCCAAUGAGUUUCCAAAAGCAAAUGCAAAAUUUUGACAUUACUUUACCACAAGAACAGCAGCCAGCAGAGAUGGUAGACAGACGAGAAGAGCAGCCACCAGAGAUGGUAGACAGACGGGAAGUGAAUCCAGCAGAGAUGGCAGACAGACAGGAAGAGCAGCCACCAGAGAUGGUGGACAGCCGGCCGACAGAGAUGGUAGACAGACAGGAAGUAAAUCCAGCAGAGAUGGCAGACAGAAGGGAAGAGCAGCCGGCAGGGAUGGAAGACAGAAGAGGACAAGAGGAACCAAGACCUGUGGAUACCCCGGAGAUAAACGCUCACUUCUUCAAGAUUAUCCUAUCUCCCCAUGCCUCUAAAUUACACAUCCCUAGUGAAUUUAUAGCGGAGUAUGGCGCCAGUCUAGGGGAUGCCGUGUCGCUUGAGAUCCCGAAUGGCGUGGUAUGGAAAGUAAAACUACAAAAAAACUCUGAUGGCAUGGUAUGGCUAAAGGAGGGCUGGAACAAAUUCAAGGAGUACUAUACAAUUGCUUGUGGUUACUUUUUGCUCUUCAGAUACAAAGGAAAUUCCCAGUUCUCGGUGUUUAUAUUCGAUUUAACUUCUACCGAGAUUGAAUAUCCUCCUGGACCAAAUGAUGAAGAUACGACACCAGAUAAUCGAUCUGUUGCUUUCGAUCCUCCUGGACCAAAUGAAGAUACGACACCAGAUAAUCGAUCUGUUGCUGUGGAUCCUCCUGGACCAAAUGAAGCUACGACACCAGAUAAUCGUUUUGUUGCUUUCGAUCCUCCUGGACCAAAUGAAGAUACGAUACCAGAUAAUCGAUCUGUUGCUGUGGAUCUUCCUGGACCAAAUGAAGCUACGACACCAGAUGAUCCAUCUGUUGCUUUCGAGCCACCAGAGGAAAACCGGAUAAACUUACCCCUAUCUAGCGAGCCACCAGAUGAAAACGUGAUAAACUCAUCCCUACCCAUUGAACCACGAGUGGAAAACGUGAUAAACUUACCCCCACCCCGUGAGCCACCAGAGGACAACGCGAUAAACUUACCUCCACCCGGUAUUUAUACCAUGGAGGAGUUAUCAAGGGCAUUCAUGCUAUCACAGCCAAAGGUAUAGGCAUGUUCAAGGCUAAUUUUUCUAUUAGUUUCAAAACUGGAAAAUGCAACACUUUGUUUUUUAUUUUUUAGGAUUUAAGUUAUGUACAGUGUAAUAUUUUGUUAUACUAUCAAUGAAUGCUAAUCUAAAGUAGCAAGUCAGUUUACCAUUUUA